AGAUCAAAUAGAUCUUACUGGUACUUCUUCUUACUAGUACAAGUACAACAAUAUUUCUACUGACUGGUCAGCGAGAAUUAUAACCGCUUCAACUCCACCAAGUCAUGAUGGUUGUUUCCACCACUCUCCGCCACACUCAUUCUUAAUCCAAUCCAUCUCAACCUUCUUCUCCUUUCUUCAACCCUUUCAAUUCACUCUCUCUUUUCCAUUCCAAUCAAACUUUUUUCUCGCAUUUUCUUUCUGCAUUGACUUCGCAUUUCGUUCUAUUAGAAUUUGGCUUGACCUGAAUCCAAUAUGAGGGGUCCUACCCCGAACACCGUUGAGCCACGUCACCGAUUAUCAACUUCAUUCAGUGAAGAUACUACCAAGAGAAGGUCUCAGAAAAAUAAGGACUUUAAAGAUGUUGAGAAAGCAUCACAUGUUCCGUUCCUAGAAAGGAGUAUAAAUUGCAGGCCGAAUUGGAAAUUUGUUUUGGUUAUUAUUAUCUUGGGAACCUUGCUUACCAUUUUCCACCCUCCAGCUGUUUAUAAUACUGAUCAUAUAUCACGGACAACAUUUGUGAACAACUUGAAUGGAGAGCUCGAUGGAACUGAUCCCCGUUAUGCGUCAUUUCUAAACAUCGACUGGAACCAAAUAACUAAUGUUCUUGAAAAUUUGAAGGAUAAGGACACAUAUCAGGGUGUUGGCGUAUUAAACUUCAAUGAUAGUGAGAUUGACCACUGGAAGCAGCUAGUACCAGAAUCAGAGCAUGUAGUCCUUCACCUGAACUAUGCUUCCAGUAACAUUACAUGGGAGGACUUAUAUCCAGAAUGGAUCGAUGAAGAAGAAGAAUAUGAGUUUCCUAUGUGUCCAACACUACCUAGGAUUCAGGCACCAGGAAAACCACGGCUUGAUCUUAUUGCUGUUAAGCUUCCCUGCGAUAAGUCAGGGCGCUGGUCAAGAGAUGUAGCUCGUUUCCACCUGCAGAUUGAAGCAGCAAGACUUGCUGCCACUUCCAAAGGGUUUCGCCCAGUGCGUGUGCUUUUUGUAACUGACUGUUUCCCAAUUCCAAAUCUCUUUACUUGCAAGGAUGUUAUACAGCGUGACGGAAAUGCCUGGCUUUACGAACCCGACCUGCAUAAACUCAGAGAGAAGCUGCAGUUACCAAUUGGUUCAUGUGAACUAUCAGUUCCUCUGAAGGCUAAAGAAAAUUUUCACUCUGAAAGGGCACACCGAGAAGCUUAUGCAACUAUACUGCACUCUGCACAUAUAUAUGUUUGUGGAGCCAUCACUGCAGCUCAAAGUAUUCGAAUGUCUGGUUCAACACGCGAUCUUGUAAUUCUUGUUGAUGAAACAAUCACUGAUUAUCAUAGGGAGGGCUUGGCAGCAGCUGGAUGGAAGAUCCACACGAUUAAAAGAAUCAGGAAUCCGAAAGCAGAACCGGAGGCAUAUAACGAGUGGAACUACAGCAAGUUCCGUCUCUGGCAGUUAACAGAUUAUGACAAAAUCAUUUUUAUUGACGCCGACCUUCUUAUACUCAGAAAUAUCGAUUUCCUUUUUGAAAUGCCUGAAAUAUCAGCCAUAGGAAACAAUGCUACACUGUUCAACUCAGGUGUUAUGGUGGUUGAGCCGUCAAAUUGUACAUUUCAACUCCUUAUGGAUCACAUCAAUGAGAUUGUGUCAUACAACGGUGGGGACCAGGGUUAUCUAAAUGAAAUUUUCACCUGGUGGCAUCGGAUUCCAAAACACAUGAACUACUUGAAGCACUUCUGGGAAGGUGAUGAGGAAGAGAAGAAGGCAACAAAAACUCGUCUCUUUGGAGCUGAUCCACCGAUCCUUUAUGUCAUCCACUAUCUAGGUAAUAAGCCAUGGCUUUGUUUCCGAGAUUAUGACUGCAACUGGAACGUGGACAUUCUUCAGGAAUUUGCAAGCAAUGUAGCUCAUGCAAGGUGGUGGAAGGUUCAUGACGCCAUGCCAGAAAAUUUGCAGAAGUUCUGUUUACUUAGAUCGAAGCAGAAGGCGGCAUUAGAGUGGGAUCGUAGACAAGCCCAGAAAGGAAACUACAGUGAUGGUCACUGGAAAAUUAAGAUAAAAGACCCGCGUUUGAAAACAUGUUUCGAGGAUUUCUGCUUCUGGGAGAGUAUGUUAUGGCAUUGGGGUGAAAAGAAUUGGACAGAUAAUUCUACUGUUAACAAUUUACCACCUGCUGUCAAAACCAAAUCUCUAUCUUCUUUAUGAGUUUACUUCUCUUUAUACUUCACACACAUAUUCACAUGUUUGCACAAUGUGAUUUCUCUGGUUAGUGCAAAAUAUGAUUGCUAAAUUGUAUUUGGGCAAAUUUUAUGGACAGCUCAUUAUUAUAGUUUUUCAGAGGUUUAUAUCUUAUAGACAUGCACAAUUAUGAGUACAGUUUCUGAUUAUAUUAUUGUUUUGUAACUAAUCAAUGAGUUUUGUAAGAUUUGAUAUUCAUAAGUGUGAAUAUAGUGCGUUAGUAUUGUGACC